AUGUCUGAUCAUCAUCAAACUAGGCAUGAAAGCCUAUUGAAUCAUGUGGUUUUACCACGGCAUUUGCCGCAAUUAAGGUCGUCUGAAUUGCAUUCACAAGAAUUGGAACUAUUAAUGCGAAUGGUUCAAAAUGUCGAAAGUCUCGCUGAAUCUAUUCCAGCAAAUACAUUGAAAAUGAUUUGUUCUCUAGCUGAAGUUCAUCGAACUCGUACAGCAUCAACGAUUUCAAAUAAAAUCAAUGAUUUAAAACCAGGCGAAACUUUUGCAAUGUUUAUACGUCGACAAAACUGCGCCAUUAUGAUUCACUUGCCAUUCGCUUCAGCUGGUGGCACAAAUGAUGCAAUUGUGGCCACAUUUCCAGGCAAAAUAAAUCACAAUGAAAUCUACGAAAACUCAAGUGAUUUAGAGUUCAAUUACCCGACACAGGCAAUUAAAGUGAAAAAUUCCGAAAUGCUUCGCUCGAUUGAAUUUGCGCAUCAGCUUUGUUUUUUAUAUGAAACCGAUCCGAAAACCAAGGGCCGUGAUUACAUUUCAAAAUGGUUGGUUACAGUUCUCAUGAAUGAAAAUAGCACAACGCCAUCUGAACAACAGUUUCCAUCAAUAACAAAGAAGAUUCGAGACGAAGUUCUUGGUGAGCCAAAAAAUCAUUUCCGCCGUUCGGGAUUUUACAUGUGUGUUAAAGUAAUGUUACAGCAUAAUCUAACACACGAAAUUGGACACGAAUCAGCAAAAAUCCUCUAUAAAAUCAUUAUGCUACAGUUUUUGUCGCGGCAAUGCGAUUUUUUUAAUGAAAAAUUGUGCAAAACAUUAAACAUUGACUUGGUCACACAGCUUAUGGCAAAAAUGGCUCGACGGAUUGAAAAACUUUCGGAAAUGGAAGAUGGCCAAUUCAAAGAAUUAAAGGAACGCAUCAUUCGCAAUGCCACCAACACAAUUCAAGAAGCAAGAUUGAAAGUGGAUAAACAAAUUGAAUGUUUGGAAUCAACUGACGCUGAAAAAUCCUUACUUACUCCAUUGGUUGAUAUAAAUUUUGAAGCGGGCGUUUUUCAAAGAGUACCAAAGUUACGUGCACACUUGAAGGAUCGCAUCAACGGCACGAGUCAAGGUAUUGAUACUCCAGCACUUCAAGUGAAAACAUACAAAAGACAUUAUAUGAAACAACCAAAUCCACCAUCGGUAUGUUUUGGUCAAUUUAAUGAUGAAAUUGACAAAAAUUUAUUCAUUACCGAUUUUGAAAAUUGGAUUUUAUAUGAAUUGAAAAUCGAUGAAACUCAUUAUGGACCAAAUGUUCUUAGAGAAUGGUGCUUAGCUUAUGUUCCGCAAGCAGAAAGCUUUUAUAAAGGUGACCAACUUGGCGUCAGCAAAUCGGUGUUAGUUGCUUUAAAAAUGCUUGCCAUGCUCGACGAACAGGCUACCAAAGCUCAUUCAAUGUUGUUAGAGCACAACAGUGGUGUCAACACACAGGUUAUCGACACACUAUUAUUGCCACACACCAUCGAUAUGCAAAUUGCUUACGAACUGGAGCAGUAUUUUAAUUAUCGAAACUUGAAAGGCACUGGACCGAGUUUGAUUGGUGAAAGAAAUGCUACUGUGAACUCAUUUUCGCACAAGUAUGCAGCAAACAAUUUUGAAAUGCAAUCAGUUCGAAGAGAUAUUGAGGCGAUGAUUGAACGAAAAAUAGAUGAAAAAAUGCACGAGUGGUUGGAGGGACGUUCAAAGGUUAAACGUCUAAGAGCAAGAGCUGCAAAUUUAGAACAUGAAUAUGUUAAUCUGUAUGAUAGCCGUUAUCAUUGUAAAAUGCCUCAUCACUGUAGCAGCUGUGUAAAGUGUUCAUUGCAAAAACAAGCUGAAAAUGUCAAUAUCAAUGUGUAUGAGCGUGCAUUGCCUGAUCAGUAUUAUGAAAAAAAUGCUGUCGUUUUCGAACUCAAAAUUCCACUCGAACUGGCUUGUUUGCGUGAUACUCUUCAUAUAUUUGUCAAAUACUGUAAUGAUCGACCGACUGAAAAUCUAUGUAUAAAAGGAAAUUGGAUAAAGUACUCGCAAAUUUCACACCAUAAUCGGUCGUCAAGCAUUCAUGUAGAUCUUGGAAGUACAACCCCGAAUAUAGAAAUAAAGUGUCGACACGUUGACAAUGAUUUCAGUGAUUUUAACUUGAAAAAUGGUUUCAACUGUACUUAUCAUUCAUCACACGGAGGAAUAGCAAUUUCAAUGAUACAUCAAUCAAUAAAACAAAGAUGCACAUUGCAAGUUGAACGCGAAUACAAAUGUUUGCAGUGGACUUUAAAUACGACACACCACACUCAAAAUCAAGUGCUAACAAAUCAAUCUGACUGCCCACAGAAUCUUUCACUUUUGGAGUUUAAAAAUUUCGGUUCACUUCGUGCUGACGGUCAUCGAUUGCAGUGGCGCAAAUUGUAUGCAAUGAUUGAAUGUGAGGCAAUGUCAUUCGAAAACUCAUCGGUUUUAUCUCUAAUACUGCAAACGAUUUGGGAAACUGAUAUUAGCGGAAAUUCUGGUGCAAUUCGCGAGUCCCUUGAAGAUAUCAAAAUUCUUAAAUUAUCACAUAAAAUGAUCGAAUUACUCGAAAAAUUUGCCGAAAAGAAACGAAACAACUGGGUACAUCCAUUGAAGCUGCUAGUACCAGUUUUCAUUGCUGUUCGGAUUUUCGAGUUGAAUGACGAUGAAAAUUUGGCGGAAAAAAUUGUUGCCGUCCUUAACAAAAUGCGAACCAUUGCUUUAGAAUGGAUGGAUAAAAUUCAACAAGCAAUCAAGGAAAUGCAGAAUCCAGACCAGGCUAUCGAAACAGAACUACGUACCAAAUUGAUUUUCGUUGCUGUUACUGGAGCUUUGACAUUUUGCGUUAAUUCUCAUCAUAAAUAUUUCGAUAAGAUAUUUUUGAUAAAUAAGGAGAAUAAUUUCACUUCGUCGCGAACAUGGUUGCAAUCCAUCGUUACUUUGAACAAUAAUAUCAUUUUGAACCAUAACGACAAAACCUUAUUACCGCUAAAUCUUCGGAUGUUUUUGCGACUAGUUCGAAAUACUGGCAUUCAUCUUGAAUCAAAAGUCAGAGAAAUGAUAAAACGUGAUACAGGUGAUAUAUACAAAUUAAUUAAAAAACAAUGGACACGCGCGGAAAAUGGAAAAUUUGAAAAGUUCUAUUUUCAUGAAAGUUGCCCGCAAGUCCUGAUUGUUGAAGUCACGGUCAAAGCAAUGAAAAAAUUCGUAACUAUCGAUUUGAUCACCGGGUCAUUUCUAGUAAAUAACUUGCCCAUUUGCCGACUUCCCGAUGCUAUUACAAAAAGCGACAUUUUUCAACGGGUUUACGGAAAUUUCGUGUUUGAGGUACAGCCUGAGAAUGAUAAUUCUUACUCGACAGUUCAACGAUACAAUGGUAAUUGCUAUGAGUUUACACAGACGACUAAGGGCAUCAUCAUUACAGAGCGCGGUGUCAAAAAUGAAAAUGAAUUGAUACCACCCAGUAUUUUAAAUGGAGAAAUUCCAGAGCUUCUAAUAGAGCAGCACAGUCAGUGGUGGAAUAGAAACAAUAACAAAAUCGAAUUUCGUCCAAAAUUAUUCAAGAACAAGAACUUUUCCAAAGACAUUGGCAUCGAGUAUCAAUUGGAUCUCUUUGAAUACCACUUAUUCCAUUUGAAAACGCGCCGAAACAUGCUAGACAUUACUAGUAAAAGUUAUUUGAAAAUUGUGAAACAACUUUCUCGUUUGGAACGACAGAGAUACAUCCAUGUACUGAUGGAUGAACCAAAAAUUGCCAAAAUUGAAUUGGUUCGAAUGCAGCUAAAGUUUAAAGUAGAUUGUUCAAAGCACCAUGAUGGACCUAAUGAUAUUUUAUCGAACGAAUUCAGUAAAAUGCGUGUAUCUCUGCAGCAAAAAUGUGGAACUUUAUUCGGUUUGAAUCAUGGCUUGUUGUUGGAGGGUGUAUCCCAUGGCUCUGAUGAUGAUUCAAAGAGUACAAAACUACUUUUGUUGCCGAACGGAGAAAUCCAAGUUAAGCAAUGUGAUUCACAUGUCACAGUCAACAUUGACAUUCAAUCCGAACUUCGAAGUCCUCCAUUUUAUGCCUAUCAAGUGGACGAGUUUUGCAAACAAUUGAAACCAAACAGUAACAAUUACUCAGCGUGGUUUUACUUGGCUCAUUUACAUGCUGUUACUUCACAUGGUGAAAUCGAACCAUUCAUUGGAAUGUCCGGAACAGAAAGAGCCUUGAAAAUACUUCAAUCUGGAUGUGUGUUUUCUUCAGCUCCAUACGAUGAGGUAUCGUUGAAAACAUUGACAGCUAUUGCCAAACUAUCACCCAAAAGAAAAACCAGAGAAAAAAUGUUAAGCGUCAGUUGGCCAAAAUUUGUUUUUCCGAAGUCAGCACAAGAUACAUUCGUUUUCAUCGUAAACAAAUUAUUAGAAGAUAGCGAGCGUCUUUCCGGUCUAUACGAUCAAAAGCACGAUGAUGAUUCAAAGCCUACGAUUAACACAAAUAUGAUUUACAAUAAACGUGAUUACCUUCGAUGUUUGCCGUUAACACCAAAUUUACGUAUUUCAGGGGAAUAUAUUAAUCACGAUAAGCUAAGCACAUCUCUUGUAACCAUCCCUCCUGUUAGUUUUGAAAGAAAUACCCAAAAUAUUGUGAUAUCGUACCACAAAGAAUCGUAUUUCUUGCCAAGUGGUUUAGAUUUGAAGUAUUUUGUAAUGAAAACCAGCGAUCACAUAUCUGGACCGUUACACAUUCUCCAUGUGAAGGAAAACUUCCUGAAUCAUAUGGUGACCGAAACAUUCGACGACCUAUGGAUAUCAAUGUACGAAAUUUGUAGAAAACAAAAAUUAAACUGUAGGGAGCUUGCACUAAUUUGGAGUUUGCUGUCGCAUGAAAAGAAUCACGUCAACUCAAUUUUGGCCUUACAAGCAAUUUAUGAAAAUGCACACGCUUUCGCUUUAAUUAAUCCACCCGAUAUAGCGACAUACUAUUUAAACGAAGGGACAUACAGUGACAGUAGAAUAAGAGAUAUUCUGAAAGAUCAUCACACACGAUCAACAAGUUACCACAGUGAAGAUUGGUCAGAUAAAGAUCGUAAAAAAUAUGAUGAUCGUAUAAAAAGCAACAUUUCAAGUCUCGUUUCAAUUGUUACAUCAGAAUGGCCAUGUGAUUCGGUAAGAUUAUAUCAAUAUUCGUAUUAUUCUCAGGAUAUCAACAUCAAUGCUGCAAAUGAAAUAAUCAACAACAUGCUAUUGAUAUGGAAUAAUAAUCGUAGACUCGGCAUGUUUCUCGAUCAAGUUGAGAGUCAACUUCAAUCGUUGCCCAGAACCAGCAUAGCUUAUCCGCAUAUAAACGUUUAUUUGCAUCCGAAACCCAAAAAUUGGUCAAAAUAUGAUAUCGACUUUAGAUCGAAGGUGCAUCAAAGCUUAGAUGAAUACAAAAGCAAAGUAGAAGAAGCCAAAACUCUUUUCCAAACUGGUCGUAUUGAUUCACAUAAGACAGCACAAGAUUUAUGGUCAAUUUAUGACAAAAUUGUAAACUCUGAACAAUGGCCACAUUUAUUAGAUGCUGGAUUGUAUCCAAGAACAGUACCAACUAUGGUGUUGCCAAUGUUGAUUUCAAAUGAAACAGAUAACCGACUGAAGAUGAUCAUAGGAGCUUUGGCCUUGACCAUUGCCAAAGAGCAGCGCCAAAAACGCAUUGAAAUAUUUUCACAGGAUCCUCAAUUGAAACCGGCCUAUGAACGUGAAAUUGAAAACGACCCACAUGUUAACUGGAAACCGCAUCAGCGUCCUGAAUGGCUCCUAUUUGAAAUCGAACAAAAUUUAACGAUUCGCCGUAUUCAAAUCGAAAUCGCUCGACGUAUGCUCAAUCCACCAAAUAUCGGUACAAAACACUCGACAAUGCAACUCAACAUGGGUGAAGGUAAGACGGCUGUGAUCGUCCCAUUAUUGGCAAUAAUUUUGGCCAAUGGAAAUCAGGCCUGUCAAGUUACCGUCUUAAAGCCAUUGUACGCUACAAAUUUGAAGUCACUUCGUCGAUACCUAGGCGGCAUGCUCAACAGAAAGGUUUACAACUUUCCGUGUCGUAGAGAUAUGCCUAUCAAUGAGUACAUUUCACAAAUACGCAACAUUUACGAGGAAUGUAAAAUAGCGAAAGGUGUUAUUCUCACACUUCCAGAAUACCGACUCUCUUUUCAACUGAAAAUCUAUGAAUCGGUGAAAAGAGGUGAAAUAUCCGAAGCGGGGGAGUUUCUUGCCGCACAUAAGUGGAUUAACUCAAAUGUUCGAAGUAUACUCGAUGAAUCGGAUGCAAUUCUGCAUGCAAAAUACCAACUCAUUUACACAGUUGGUAAUCAGCUAAUGAUUGAUGGCGGUUCACAACGUUGGCUCGUUACGCAAGCCUUACUCAAACAUGCUUCGGUGCACAUGAAAAGUAUAUACGAAAAGUACGGCGAAAAAGUAUUGGAAUUUAACAUCGAUUACGUCAAAAAUGGCCAUGUAUAUGGAGCACCAAAAAUAGACUAUCGUAAUGAUGUUUUUACACCGUGUCGUAUUCUUGAUCAGUCAAUUUAUCCCAUGCUCAAAGAGGCGCUGAUCGAUGAUUUUCUUGAAGGCCGAAUGAAUAUCACGUUUCCCGAAGUUUUGGCAUCAACCAAAAAAGGUUUGCACGACUUGAUGAGCGCUACAAAUAUUGAUGAACACAAAUAUGAAGCAACACUUAAAGAUUUGGAUGUUACUGAACAAAGAACCAUUUUGAUUCUAUCGGGGUUACUUCGAUUCGAAGUGCUAAGAUUGGUUUUAACUAAACGAUGGCGAGUAAACUACGGUGUGAAAGAAAAUGGUUCACGAAAAAUGGCCAUUCCUUUUAAAGCAAAAGACGUAGCGGCGGAAAAUACUGAAUUUGGACAUCCAGACGUUGCGAUUUGUUUUACACAGUUGAGCUACUAUUACUCAGGCCUAAGCGAUGUACAAAUGUAUGAAACAUUCCGAAUUUUGGCAAAGACACAAAACGCGUCGGCAGUUUAUGAAAAAUGGAUCACAAAUAUCGCUUCUCAACUCAUCGAUUCUUCGAUUGAAACAUAUUCGGGUAUCAAUUUGAGUGAUCCCGUUCAACGAGAAGGGAUCCUUUUCCCAUUGUUUCGUUUCAACAUGGACUUUAUCGAUUUUUUCCUCUCAAAUGUGGUGUUUCCAAGAGAAGCCAAAUCAUUUGAAAAUAAAUUAAUUUGUACCGCGUGGGACCUGGUUAAUGAACGGAUGAAGCACACAAUAACAGGAUUUAGCGGUACUAACGACACCAAAAAAUUAUUGCCAUUGCCAAUAUCACAAAACGAUCUAAAAGAAUUAGAAGAUACAAAUGAUCGCGUUCGACAAACAUUAUUACAACCAGAAAAUCAAGACUAUGAACAUCUUCCACCAAAUGUAAGCGCAACAACGAUACUAAAAAGAUUGGUCGAUAGUGAAAUACCGAUACUUUUGGACUCGGGUGCGUUGAUGUUGGAGUUAAAUAACAAGCAAGUCGCCGAAGAAUGGUUGAAAAUGGCAUCAGAUUCGUUUUAUGAUGCAGCCGUUUAUUUUGAUUCAAACGAUGUAUUGCAAACGAUAGAUCACAACGAUUUGGUCGCUGAAUUCGACUGUUCUGUGUAUCGAGAGAAUUUGGAUCGAUGCUUGAUUUAUUUGGACGAUACACAUACUCGAGGAACAGAUUUGAAAUUUCCAUUGGGUUUAAAGGCAUGUGUUACUCUGUCUGGUGAAAUAACACGCGAUAAAACUGUUCAAGCUUGCAUGCGAAUGCGACAAUUGGGCAAAGGCCAUUCGAUCGCUUUUUGGGCAUCUUUUGAAGCUGAUCUCCGUAUUCGUGAAACGUGCCAGCUAUCAUCACUAGACCAGGUUACGAAUGAGAAUGUAGUCGAUUUCAUUUGCAGAAAUAGCGCAAAUUUCGAAACAGAAAACACCGUACACUGGGCUGCUGCCGGUUAUAAUUAUGCGAAAAAAUUGGCGGCACACAAACUCUAUGAGAACACAGACAGUUCUAUGCAACAACUGUACGAAAACUGCGUCGAAAAUGAAUUUUUGACAUUGCAUGAAAUGUAUGGCGACAAAAAAACGGCUCUACUGACUGACAUUUCAAAGUCCAAAUUUUCUACAUUAUUCAAGCAAUAUAAAUGUAAUGAAAAUGUUCGAAAUUUCAUUGAAAGAAUUGAUGAUGGUGUUGUUGAAAAAUUGCAAAAACAAGUACCCGAUGUUAAACGGUUUGUUCAUAGUUUAGAUGAGGAGCAAGAAAAAGAGUUAGAGCACGAAAUCGAAGAAGAGCGCCAAGUUGAACGACCACCGAAACUAAGUCCAGCCACCCCGUCAUUCGAACCGAAAUUAAAAUCAUUGAUUUUAAAUGGUGCAAAUAAUAUGGUUUUCUCCGAAUUAAAACAAAACCAAACGCUCGUUCCAUUUGCCGCGACAUUGAUGAAAACCAAAUUAUUUGAAGUAUAUAAGGACACCCCGAAUUGGGCAGUGCAUCUGUUCGUUACAAAAGAUUUUACUCAGGUAUUGGCCAAUUCGACCGAUUUAUGUGAUGAAUUUUUACGUCCAAUCUGGUGGAUUGCUCGUGUUGAUGGUCAUAUUGGCACUGAAAUACUGAUUUUGUUGAGCUCAUACGAGUGUGACCGCCUUUUAACAACGUUUCGCAACAGCACUAAAUCAACUCUUUACAUGUUUCGUCCAACUCUGAGCAAAUUGCAUAGUGAUCUAUUGAUCGAACCAGAUUUGCGGGUAUCUAACAAAAAAGUCACACAUAACAUCGAACUAAAUGAUUCAGCCCAAAUAAAAAUGUUUUCGGGAUCGAUGUAUUUCUCAACUGAAGCAGAGCAAAAUGCCUAUUGCAAUUUUAUGGGCCUUAUUCCACGACCACGAACUCGAGAACAAGAAAUUGCCUUUGACAACGACCAAAUCCGACCAAAUGGGUUUGUUCCAGUGGAAAAUCGCCAUUCAAUUGCUAUUUCCAAAUUUGUUGAGCGAUGCAAUUUUGAAAAAAACCCAGCCGAUUUGGCCAUUGAUUUGAUUGAAGCGCACCAUGCAUUUAUGCGAAAGGAAUCGCAUGCAGAUUCGAUUUUGAAACGUGGCACCAAAUUACCAAUCAAUCCACGAAACAAAUUCUAAUAUAAAAAUUAACUUUUUUCAUUUUUUUAUUUGUUCUGGAAAUAGCAUUAUCAGAAA